UUAGGCCCAAAGCUGUGUAGGAGUAGCGCCUAUUACGGUAGUCCUCAUCUUCACGGCCGGCGCCUCUGCCUGCAUUCAUUCGUUUGUUUUUUCCAUUCACGAAGGUAGUGAGGCCUGGUUGAAAGCCAUGGAGAGCGGUCUACCUGCCGCCGGCUUCCUGUACUGGGUGGGCGCGGGCACCGUGGCCUACCUGGCCCUGCGCAUCUCGUGCUCGCUCUUCACGGCCCUUAGGGUCUGGGGUUUGGGUCACGAGGCGGGGGUCGGACCGGGGCUCGGUGAAUGGGCAGUUGUCACAGGUAGUACUGAUGGAAUUGGAAAAUCAUAUGCAGAAGAGUUGGCAAAGCGUGGAAUGAAGAUUGUCCUUAUCAGCAGAUCACAGGACAAACUGAACCAGGUUUCCAGUGAAAUAAGAGAAAAAUUCAAAGUGGAAACAAAGACCAUUGCUGUUGACUUUACAUCAGAAGAUAUUUAUGAUAAAAUUAAAACAAGCUUGGCAGGUCUUGAAAUUGGUGUUUUAGUGAACAAUGUGGGAAUGUCAUAUGAGUAUCCGGAAUACUUUUUGGAUGUUCCUAACUUGGACAGUACCAUCAAGAAACUGAUAAAUGUUAAUGUUCUUUCUGUUUGCAAGAUGACAUGGUUGGUACUGCCUGGCAUGGUAGAAAGAUCUAAAGGGGCAAUUCUGAACAUCUCCUCUGCCAGUGGCAUGUACCCAGUUCCACUGUUGACCAUGUACUCUGCAACCAAGGCUUUUGUAGAUUUCUUCUCUAGGUGCCUCCAUGAGGAAUAUAAGAGCAAGGGCAUCUUUGUGCAGAGUGUCCUGCCCUACUAUGUAGCUACGAAACUGGCUAAAAUUCGAAAGCCAACUUUGGAUAAGCCCUCUUCAGAGACAUUUGUGAAGUCUGCCAUUAAAACCGUCGGUGUGCAAUCCCGAACCAACGGAUACCUGAUCCAUUCUCUUAUGGCCUCAGUAAUCUCAAGCCUGCCUUCCUGGUUGUAUUUUAAAGUGACCAUGAAUUUAGGCAACUCCACCCGGGCUCGCUAUCUGAAGAAAAUUAAGAAGAACUAAGCAUUGGUAACUGUGUUGAGUAACUUGACCAGAUGUUCCAGCCUAGGCAUGUUUGCUGCAAGGCACCCACCAUCUCCAAGUCUUCAGUUGUCAUGUUAAUUAACAGUUACUGAUAAAGCUAAAUGUCAUAAUUGAGAGGAAAGCAGAGUUGCUUUCAGGAGUUCCUGACAUAUAUUCUGGAUGCUACCAGGAGUUAUUUUGAAAUGUAACAUAAAUGCCCCUAUCAAAUAGAUACAGAACUAACAUUAGCAAGAACUGCUUACUAGGAAGGAACACAAUUAUAACAAAUCGCUGAAUGAUAGAGUCAGAUGUAAGGCUUAAGAGUUUCAUCUGGUCCAAAAUGCCAAUGAUGAUUAUGCUUGUAUUUUCUCUGAAACAUACUUUAAAAAGUAAUGGCCAGCUAUCCUUUUUUGUUUUUAACACUUUGAGGGAGUGGGGAUUAAUUGAUUUACUUAUGGGAGGACACACUGCAAUUUGCAUAGCACUCUGUAAGGUUUUCUAAAAGUAUGUCCUGGUUUUGUACAUUUAUAUGGAACUUUCCUUUCUCAAGGGUAGCUAAUUACGUAAAAAUAAUGAUGAAAUACAGAGUUAUUUUUGACACAUGCCCACUAAAAUAUGCUUUCCUCUAAUACGUAUGCCUUCUCAGUUUAAAUGUAUGUAAAUACUGAAUGCUAUAUGAUACGAUUUAUAAAGGUAAAUGGGCCAAAAUGUACAUUGAUGGGCAGCCCCUUCAGUGCCACUAAAACCCUGACCCAGCAAGGUGGCCUGCUUGGACCCCAGCUUCUUUGUUUCUGCACUGCACCAAUACUGCUCACAUAUGUGACACCAGGCUACUCCUAGAACAAUGAUGAUAUUAGAGUAGUGGCAUUAUACUUUUAAAUAGGUACCCUAUAGAUAGUGAUACAAUUAGUUUUAAUAAAAGAUGUUAUAACCAUGGUGUUGAUUGAAAAUAUAUUCCUUUGGUGCUUGAAAUUAAGCCCAUUUUUGCACUGGUUUAAUAUAAAUUAAGACUUACUUUUAUUCUGCUACAUAACUUGUUUGGGGAACUUGCUAAGAACUUUUAUUCUGCUACAUAACUUGUUUGGGGAACUUACUAAGAAAUUAAUUCAAUGUUGUGAAACAUGCAACACAGAAGGUAGGUCUUUACCUAGGCUAUGGUUCCCAGGCUCUGAGAUUUAAGCACCAGGAAAUCUGCAGAUAAAUAAAAUUUUUAAUUGGGGCAUUUAAGUGUUUCUAGCUUUUAAACUUGCCAGCUAAGGACAUAAAACAAAAACAGAAAAACCCAAAUUACCGUCUGCUAUUGGCAUUAUUAUAUAAAAGAAAAGACAUUUUAGCAUUCCCAAAAUAGGAAGAACAUAAUCUCAGAAUAAAGAAUAGUCAUUUAAAUUGAAUAAAUUUAGCUUUACGAAAAACA